AUGUCAAAAACAAAGAAAUGGACAGUACACGAGAAGAGACCAACAGAGCCAAGAUGGUUUACACAUAAUGGCCAUUUCGACACUGAUCCAACUAGCAUGAAGAAGAAUGGAGCAGGCAGAAAUAACUGGGGACAACCAGGUGAUGAAAUGGAUAAAUCAGAGAUUAAAAUGUUCAACAAAAGUAGUGGAAGACGUAACUCCAAUCACGAUGUCAACCAAGACAGAAUGAAUCAGUUGAGUGCAUCAAUUGAUGCUAGCUUGACUUCAUAA